AUGAGCGCGUCGCCUUCGGUUUCCGGUCCCCGCGGUCCGCGGCGGCCACAACGACAGCGACAAGUGACGUUUAUUCUCCCUCGGACGGGCCAGCGACUUCGCGGCCUGUUGAACUUGGGAAGCCGCGAUGCUUCCCACUAUGGCAGCGACGAAGAACGGCAUCCACUGCUGCCUGACAGCGUGGAACCGACACACAACCCUCGGCCUGCUGUGAUGGCGGCGAUACGGGGCAAAUUUGAGGGCUACUGGCGAGAUCUGUAUGCCUUUGCGGUGUCGGAACUGGGCAUUGGCGUCUUGAAAUUCGGGCUGGCUUACCUGCUGGGAUCCUUGGCCACCUACAUUCCUGCGAUUUCCUCACUUCUCGGCCAUCAGGAUGGCAAACAUGUCGUCGCAACAAUCACCGUCUACUUCCAUCCUGCUCGUUCCAGAGGCAGCAUGUUCAAGGCCUUGAUCUGCGCCGUGCUCGCCUUUCUCUAUACUACCGUUGUGUCUGUCACCAGCAUGUACGUAUCCAUGUUCUUUCAGAAUCUCGACCUGCUCGUCAUCGGCCAUAUAAUAGUCCUGGUCGUCUUCUGUGCCGGAGGAUUUGGGUUCAUUGGAUGGGUCAAACAACGGUUAAACGAUCCCUUGGUCAACGUUGCAUGUUCUCUGGCUUCGCUUUCCACCAUCACCAUUCUCACCACAGAGGGCGCCGUCCAGAAGGGCGACUUGUCUUUUGUGAAGAUCGCUCAGACUCUCAAGAUGCUGAUCAUGGCUAUCUGCUUGACAGUAGCAGUAUCAUUUCUCAUCUUUCCCAUCUCUGCGCGGAAAAAGCUGCGGUCUAACUUGACUACCAUCACCGGCACCUUGGCUGUAAUGCUAGGUUGCGUUACAGAAAGCUUUCUUACGGGGUCCGAUGAGAACCUGUCAGCAGUAAACUUCACCGGUGCUUCUGUGAGAAACAAAAAGGCCUAUAGCGUCCUUGACAAAUUAGUCAAAGAGGCAAAACUCGAGCACUACUUUGCCGGCACGGAAAGAGAAUACAGGCUGGAAAAAAGACUUGUACGGGUGGUUCAGGACAUCAAUCAGAACAUGGGUGGUUUGCAGAGUGCUGCAACCCUCCAGUUUCAGCUUCUUCAACAAUCCCAACUACACGACACAGCUCUGCCUGAAAACAAGCCAGCGACGCACGAAGAGGAGGAUGCUAUCAUUUCCCCCGACGGUUGGUCAGCCUUUGAGGAUGCAGGCUCCCUGGCAUCUAUUGAUCACCUAGAAUACGAGCCAACUGAAGAGCAGAGCUCUGGUGUCCCUGUUUUGAAUGUAGACCAGGAAGAUGGAAACGACCAGCCGGCACAGUCACCACAUCGAAUGUUUGAAGUAUUUAUUACCCAUUUGGGCCCCUCCUUGCAAUCUUUUGCCUUCACCUUGAAAGAAAUUUUCGAAGAAAUUCCCUUUGGGCCCGGCCCUGAGUAUCCUGUUUCAUUCAACAACAGGUUCAAGGCGAGCCUCGACCGUGCUUUGGUACUAUACCGGGAUGCUAGAGAAAAGGCAUUGGCAUCGGUAUAUCGCGAGAAAGACUUUGCAAAAAUAAAAUCACGCGUCGUUGAAGCCGACCUUGAAGAAGUGUCUGCCAGCUGCGGUCAUUUCAGUUUCACCUUGAUGGAGUUUGGAGAACAACUGAAGGAGUUGCUCGAGAUCUUGGACGAGCUGAAACUUGAAUGUGAUGAACGCCCCCAAGGUCGGUCAUGGAACUGGCUUAAAUUUUGGAAUAUCUUCCACGGUUGGUCGUUUUCCAGUCACAAAUACUUUGGCAACGAAAUGUCAAAUCCAAAUAUCGUUGCGCCCCCUUUACCUACUACAAUGCGGAGAACUUAUUCUUCUCUAGAGAAUGGUAACUCCGGAGAAACUAGACCUCAUAAUCAAGUGACGCAUCGAAUUUGGAAAUCCUUAAGUUUCUUUCGUCGUGACGAGACCAAGUUUGCAUUGAAAGUCGGCGUCGGUGCGGCUCUAUAUGCUCUUCCAUCCUUCCACUAUGCGACUCGCCCAAUAUUCAACUAUUGGAGAGGAGAAUGGGGUCUCCUUUCCUACAUGUUGGUUUGUUCCAUGACCAUUGGCGCCUCGAAUACGACGGGAUAUGCCCGUUUCUUUGGUACUUGCCUCGGCGCUUGUUGUUCCAUUGCCUCUUGGUAUGCGACGGCCGGAAACGUCGUUGGCUUGGCCUUCUUUGGCUGGCUAAUGGCUACGUGGACUGGAUAUAUUAUUCUAGUAAAGGGCCAAGGGCCUAUGGGUCGCUUCAUCAUGCUCACAUAUAAUCUUUCCGUCCUAUACGCAUAUUCCCUGUCAGCGAACGACAACGAAAAUGACGACGACGAAGGUGGCUCUCAUCCAAUCAUCACAGAAAUUGCUCUUCAUCGUGUCGUUGCGGUCUUGUCUGGUUGUAUUUGGGGAAUCAUUGUUACACGAAUGAUCUGGCCAAUAAGUGCUAGAGUCAAGCUGAAAGAAGGGCUGAGUUUGCUGUGGCUUCAGAUGAGCCUGAUCUGGAAACGUGAUCCUCUAUCAACGAUGGUGAAUGGGCAGCCGGCCAUUGCAUAUUUGAGCGCUCGCGAGAAGCUGCAGAUUGAACGAUUCUUGUCCCAUCUUGAAUCACUGCAAGCUGCAGCCAAGUCGGAAUUCGAAUUAAAAGGUCCAUUCCCCGAAGAAGCCUACCGAAAGAUGCUACAGCGCACAAGAAGCAUGCUCAACGCUUUCUAUUCUAUGAACAUCGAAAUAAUGAAAUCCCUCAGCGCAUCGGAAGGCGAAAGACGUCUUCUUCAGUAUACCGCUCAAGAACGAGCCCAGCUGACCUCUCGCAUUAGUCAUUUAUUAUCUGUUCUUGCAUCUUCCAUGAAACUCGAAUAUCCUUUGAACGAUUCCCUUCCAAAUAUACAGCAUGCAAGAGACCGGCUUCUGGCUCGCAUCUUCCAUUUUCGCCAAGAAAGCGAGCAUUCUUCGCUGGCGACUGACGGCGAUUAUGCCUUGCUUUAUGCGUAUGUCUUGGUUACAGGCCAGUUGGGGAGUGAGAUAAUUGAACUCAUUAAUGAAAUCAGCAAGCUGUUUGGAGUACUGAUUAACGAUGUCAUUGAGCUUCACUCUUCUUCUCUGUGGCUUCGCGCAGCCGAUCGCGCGUUGUUCAUCGCCGUCAUGCAGAUCGACCCGGCAGCUCUGAAUCGAAGCGACUCGACAUCAGGUGCUGUGUCGGCUUCCAAAACUGUCGCGUCGUCUGGCUCCCUAGCCCAAAAGGCAACGAAACCUCUCAUCUCUGUCCCGCGACUGGAACUUGAAUCAGUAUAUACGGACUUGAAAGCCGCUAUUGGCGACAACUGGCCCGAGUACAAGCAGUCGACGGCUCUUUUUCUUUUGGGCCAUCUCAAUCAAGAUGAAUUCUCCUCGCGAACGGAUCAUAUAAUUUGCGCCGACCCCAAGACCGAACACCUCCACAACAAUUUUGUAUGCGCAGUUAUCGGAAACCUCUCAAGAGACCUUCCAGAUCAUGGAGUCGCGAGCUGGGUGUCGGCAAAUGACAAACCGACAGUGGUGUCUAAGCCGGUCUCGAGUGACCUGACAGAGCAGAGACUGAAAACGGAGGUCAUGCAAUUACCUCCUCGAGACCGUCGGAGAAUCAAAGGCAUUCCCGAGCCGGAUCCGCAGGAGCUCACUCGAAAUGAACUCGAGGAAUACCACCUAGCUAAGCAAAUCAAACUGCCAAGCCAGGUACCAGCGAGUGCUGGUGGCUUGAACAAGACCAACUGGGAGCUUGAAAUUCGGAAACGCUACGCCCAGCCGCUCGCCUCGGAAACCGGAGAAUUCCCCGAUGCCGAAUCGAUAUACUCUCGUAUGGUACCCAUAUGCUAUGAAGAGUCUGUCGCCAGCGGGGCAGGUUUCCCCUGUGCGGAGUUCAUGGCUAUCGCAACAGAAACGUUUCUUAAAGAAGUCCUGUCCGCCGUUCUUUCACGGACGAGACACAAUGGUCCAUCCGGAACUAUCAACGGCAUGGUGACGCGGAAAUACCGCAGACAGCUCGAACGCGAAGAACUUGCAUUUGCCCGCGGAGAGAUAGCCAAGGAUAUCGCCACUGGGCUUCUACCCGUUGAAGCACGAGAGGCAAGCUCCAGACAACCACUGGGCGUUAAAGACCUGCGCCUCUCGCUCAAGCUAGGCGGCGCUUUGCUUGGUCAGAUGCCGUUGGUGGUCAAUUCUAUCAUGACAACGUACGAUGAAGACGAGCUCGAAUGUGAGCGACAAGGCUAUAUCGAAGAGCUGCAGACCAAGCCGGACGACGACGCAGAAAUCCAAAGCGCCGACGAGAUGGAUAUAGACGAAGAAUGGGGGUGGGAGGGCGGCACGAUGGCAGAUAGGGACCAACUGGACUCUCUUCUCGACGGGUGUCUGUCACUGGCUGUGUGA